AUGACUGAAAAUACAAAAGAACCGACUAAAAUUGCUAGACUCUCAGGAACAAGGUGGUUAGCUCGUAUAUCUGCUAUUUCUACAAUGUUGGAUCAAUGGGAACCACUUAAGCAACAUUUCCAAAUAGCUAAAGAAAAAGAAAGAUGUUACACGGCCGAGCAGUUACACAGUAUGUUUGAAGAUGAUAAAAAUUUAAUUUAUUUAACAUUUUUGAAAACAUAUUUAAAAAAAGUUACCAGCUUAAAUGAACUGUUUCAAAAAGACCAAGUUGAAUGUUUAAAACUGUUUGAAGAUUUGAAUGAUCUAUUGUACGACAUUUUGCAAGUAAUUGUGGUUCCACAACAACUAGCAAAAAUGAACAGAAAAGACCUUUCAGGUUAUAACUUUCAAGCUUACAUUAUGGCUGUUAAUCAUAUGAAUUUUGGAUAUGCAGUAACGAAAGCAUGUGAUGAUGCUUAUAUUAAAGCUACAAAAGAUUUAACAGAUAGGCAGCAGAAAAAUUUAGUUUCGCAAAAAUUUUAUAAUGACAUACAUGGAAUAAAAGAAAGAUUCAAACUUUUUUUAGUAACCUUGGGCUGCGAACUACAAAAAAGGGUGCCUAAAAAUAUCGAUAUCUUAAAAACUAUGAGUUUAUUCUCAAUACAAGAUAUGAACUUGACUUUUCCGAAAGAUAUCUCAGGAAUUGUAUCAACUUUUGAAAAUAUUUCUGGAGGUACUGUUGAUGACAUCGUAAGUGAAUGGAACCUUGUUCAUAAGAUUCAAAUAGAAGCAACAACUACCGAUGAAUUUUGGUCUCGAUUUAACUGA